ACUUCUCAUUAUUGUAGAUCCCAAAAUAUGUCAAUGGAGGAUGCAAAAGAAAAACAAAUGGGUUUGGAAAUUGCAAUAGAGAAGAAAACCCAAGACCUAAAAGUUGAAGAAGAAAUAGGAGAUGACAAAGUUUUACAAUUUCUGGAUUCAUUAGACACUUAUUUGACUCUUUCCGAUUCUUUAUCUUCUACACUUCGCCAGGGAUGGUUUGAAUUGACGAGUGCUAGACAUUCAAUGGGGGCUUCACGCCUCAAUAGCGUAUUACUUGACCUUAAACCUCAUCCUGCUGCUACUUCACUCCAACUAACACAACAUCAUGACGAUUCUAUUGACAAUCAGCCUCAAUUUAUUUUGCGUAAAUGGGGAUCCGUUGAUGAUCACAGCGACGUAAACACAAAGAAGGACGAGUUCCUGGAGAAACCUGUUACUCCCCAGCUACGGCAUCGUGGAAAUGCUCAGUUAUCUGAAGAGGAGAGCCCCUUAAAGCAAGAUUUACUCAAGGUUAAUGAUGAAGUUCAGAAGGAGCGAUCAAGAUCACUAUCUGUGUUUGGAACUCUAGUUUCCCCAAAGCUUCGAGCUUCUCAACUAUCAUUUGAAACAGCUCUCGAGACACUCGUAGAAAUAGCAAACGCGCGCUCAGCCAUGCUGUCUGCUUUUGGUGAAGUCCGUGAAGAACUGAAUGCGCCAAAGAGAUGAGAUCGAUCGUGUUUCUUCAGCCAUUUACAACCCUUGCAUAGUCCGACAGAAAUGUUUUUGUGGCUUUCUGGAGCUUGCUUUUGAUCUGCCUAAAAGACCGGUCAAAUUUUAGUUUCAGCCUGUGGUGGGUUGUGAAUUGUGAUUUGUUAGUGUUAUUGCUCAUUCAAAGGCUUUGGCGUUGCAUAGACUCACUUUUGGUAUAAUAUAUUGCACAUAUGAAGGCCUA